GGAAAGUCAGCCUAAAGACCUACAUAUAGCCUUGUCCUAAAGCCUUGUCAUUACUAGCAUUCCUACUUGAGUCCGUGGAAGAAAGGAAAACAUCUCAACGGGGCCAGGAAACCGCUGCUAAACUAUGAACAACCCCGACGACUCGUAUAGCCAAUCAAUGGAACGCCUUGCGAUAGGACGCGACACAUCAUUUUCAGAAGAGAGCGAUCAUGACUUCCAUGAAGAGGACGGAGAAUAUGUUUCUUCCAAAUACCAAGGUGGUUUUAUGAGCAGCAUACAGGAGUUGUAUACAUCAUCUGAAUUAUGUGACGUUACCCUAAAAGCUGAGGAUUGCGAAGUCAAGGCACACAAGUUGGUUCUGGCAACAGUGGGAUACUUCCACGCCAUGUUCACGAAGCCUUGGAAAGAGAAAGCACACGACAAUGUCCAAAUGGAAGGCCUCACGGGCUUUGGUCUAAAAGCCCUUGUUGACUUUGUUUACAAGGGGAAAAUGAAAAUACGGGUCGAUUACAUCAGAGAUGUUCUUGAUGCAGCACGUCAUUGCCAAUUUGACCACUUGACCAAGGUCUGCGAAAGUUAUCUUCUGGAGGUAUACAAGGCGAAUGAAGAGACAUACCAGGAAAUUAUUUCAGUUGCUAAGGAAUAUGAUCUGAUUGCAAAAAUAGUCGAAAAAUGUGAGGAUUUUUUCAAGAUCAACGUCACUGUUGGAAGGGAGAACUACGUUGAGAUCAUAAAGGCUGCGAAGGCCUGCCAAUCUGAGGUCAUGUUGAAAUCGGUGAUCGACUACACAAGAUGCAAUACUCUUCCUGAUGACGCUGUCACAGCUGCGCUGGAGAGGUUCGAUGAAGCCGACAUCAAAAACCUUCUCCUGGGUCGUAGUGGUCUGGACGUAACAAGUCACGCGGUGGAGUUCCUUGUCCGUUGGAUUGAACACAAUGAGGAAGAAAGGUUAGAUUUACUUCCUGGACUUUUCAAAUCAGUAAACCUGAUGGCCUUCGUCGGAGAAACUUUGCAGUACAUUUCUGCUAUGAAGUAUAUCAAAAGUAGCAAGGACUGUCAAACUCUGAUACGUCAAGUAAGCGAAGACGUGGAAAGAGGGACAUAUUUGUUGAGCUUACUCCCGCACGAGUAUAUUGUUCUUCGGGAUAUCAAUGACCCCAAGGCCAUGCCUGUAGGACAAAAGAUACCCGAGGUCGAGAUGAAAGGAAGACAGGAGGAGACGAACUUCAGGCUUACCGAUGACAUUGCGGCAACUGUUUACGAAGACGUCCUCUACGUAUGUGGUUCACAUUGGAGUGAGGCUGUCAGCAAAGAUGCCCCCGGUGUUUCGUCACAAAGUAAAACGUCACUUUAUUGCUAUAAGGUCGAUUUCCUUCGCCAUCAGUGGACACAGAUAGCCUCCCUUGAGAACGCCCGGUGUCAUCACAGUCUGACUGGUCUGGACGGCUCAAUAUAUUCCAUUGGUGGUAGGAAGCCUAACGGACCGGAUUAUUCUGGAUUUGGACAAACCCGCGGCGUAGGCCUAUGUGCUGUUGAUGUUUAUAGCCCAUCCAAUGACACAUGGAGUGUGGGGGAGCCAUUCCCAAGAAAGGUGUUUAACCAUGCUGCAGCAGUGUUAGAUGGCAAGAUGUAUGUCAGUGGAGGCUUCACAGGUAGUCACCUUGUCCACCAUGAUUUCUCCGUAAUGCCAGGACCAUCACCAUCACCAUCCGAUAGUUUCGAAUGCUUUGACCAAGCUACAAAAAAGUGGGAACGAAAAGCCAAUUUGCUCCAACCGACCAAUGGACAUCAACUUGUCGCAAGUGGACUCGCCCUGUAUCAGCUAGCGGAGAACCUGGGCAAUGAAAUCCAGCGCUACUGCCCAAAAAAUGACCAAUGGACUAAGUUGGUGCUGAAGCCUUCGCUGCCUCUGACAUACAAACGUAUCUCUUUAGGCGCCGCCGUCCCCGUUUGUGCAUGCAACGAUUGCAUCUAUAUCAUUGUGGGGCUAGACGAUGUUCACAUUAUAGGACACCGUUGGUGGAGAGCACAUCAACUUCUAUUCAGGUACAACACUAAAACGGAAGAGGUUGACAUGCUUCAAAGGCAAAAACUUUUGACAAAUCAAAAAUUCUCUGAAGCGUCGCAUUCGAGGGUUUCUGCCUGUCCUUGCUGCUUCAUUGUCCAUUGCAGCAAGCGCACAAUCGAACUCUUCUACGAACAGAUCAUGCUUGAAAGUCAGUCAUGCUGAAAUGGCUACAGGACGAAAAGUUGUUUUGAAGCCAUCCAUCUUUAUUCUACAACAUAAAGCUUUGUUUUUACUGACUGAGAGCGCAGUCGCAGGGUACGUAAAAUGAAAAUUAAGACACGUUUGUAUUAAAGUUAAAUUUGAAAACAAAUUGUGCAUGGGGUCAUGUAGAGUCAUUACCGAGGUGUAGUUAGUUUCACACUUCAUAUGAACAUAUCUGUACGCAUGUAAAUGCAUUACCUAGUUGCAUUUGUCUCACCCGUAGCGGCUUUUCAAUUUUCAAAAUAAAUGGAGUACCACUGUGGGUGAGGAACGUGUCUGUAGGGCGGCUGUAAAACAAAGACGCCUUAGGCCAUAUUUUACAUAUUUGGUUCGCCAAUUUUUAUGUUGUAACUUAUUAAAAUUUGAUAUCGGGCCCUCGAUAUCAAUCUCAUUGAAAUUUUGAAUUAUCAAACCACAUCACAAAAUCUCUCUUUGUGAAACUCUGCAAUGGUAGGGAUCAUU